AUGGCAUCCUCAGUCGGUGACGAGACGAACGUGGAGUCGCGCGCGCACGGCCUCAAGCAAAUUAUAAUGGACACGAUAAUGAAUGCAACUAUGGACAACAUAGCUAUGAACGAGGAACAGGAGAACUCUUUAAUGGCGAAAAUAAUAACAAUGGUCACCCUCUUCGCUGUAUCGAUGAUAGUUGGUAUAGCACCCAUGUUAAUAUCGGCCAAAUUUGGAUGGUUCACGAAAUCUGAUGGGGAAAUACGUAGCAACAAACUUGUGGUGGGACUACUGUCUUUUGGUGGAGGGGUCCUUUUUGCGACUACAUUCAUGCAUUUGUUACCAGAAGUUGCAGAAAAUAUUAAGGAAUUACAAGAAACCGGUGUUAUACCAGAGAUACCUUUGUAUCUCGCGUCGCUUGUCAUGUGCUGUGGGUUCUUCAUGAUGUAUUUAGUUGAAGAGCUUGUCCAUGGGUACAUAAACAGCCACCAGAACAAAGAUGCUAACACCAGUUUCACGCGCGUCUUGAGCAUACGAAGAAAGAGCAAUGAGGUAGUGGAAACCAAUGAACCAGUUACGAAAAACGUAGAGGCUAAUUAUGGUGAUAGGCAUUUACCUCUGAGUGGUGAUGAUACGACUGUAACAGCUUUAAGAGGACUGCUGAUUGUGCUAGCUUUGUCUAUACACGAGCUGUUUGAAGGAUUAGCUGUUGGUCUGGAGUCAUCUGUGAGGAAUGUUUGGUAUAUGUUUGGUGCGGUUUCAGCGCACAAAUACAUCAUCGCGUUCUGUAUUGGAGUCGAGUUAUUGGCGGCUGGCACCAAGAGAUGGUUGUCAAUUGUGUACGUUUUUACAUUUUCCUUCGUAUCAGCUCUGGGGAUUGCAGUUGGGAUUCUACUGGUAGGUGGCGCUGGAGCGACUGCUGCCGGAAUAUCAUCUGUUGUGCUUCAGGGUCUGGCUUGCGGUACUUUAAUGUACGUAGUGUUCUUUGAAGUGUGGCGUCAAGACAGAACCGGCCUCCUUCAGUUUGUGUGUUCAGUGAUCGGAUUCGCUGUCAUGUAA